AUGGUUCGUAAUUUGGUUGUUCUCGGAGGAAACUCCCAUCCUCAAAUAACAGAGAUCAUCUGCAAUACGCUCGGUGUUCCACCCUGCAACAGAAUUCUUAAGAAAUUUUCCGUUGGUGAGAGUCGUCUCGAGAUCCAAGACUCAGUUCGAGGCAAAGAUGUUUAUAUCAUUCAAUCGGGCGGAGGAAAGGCCAAUGAUCAUUUCAUAGAUCUUUGCAUUAUGAUUUCCGCAUGCAAAACUGGAUCUGCUAAGCGUGUUACUGUCGUCCUUCCUUUGUUUCCUUAUUCACGACAACCUGAUCUUCCAUACAAUAAGAUUGGCGCACCACUUGCCAAGGGACCCGCCGACGUUAAAGGUAACUUUACUUUCGAAAGUCGACCAGCAACACCGGGUCCCUCCUCCCCUCAAACACCAGGCCUCAGCAAUGGCACUAAUGGUAUGGAAAAAUUACAGAAGAAGCUUGGAAAAGCAUCUCUCGAGCAGAUUAAUACCCAAACUUCAAAUGGAAUAACACCCAGACGACAAGAUACUUCGGAUUCCAUUGCUUCUCUUACCAAUGGUCGCUUGGCUGACGGAGCAUCAACUCCCGUGUCAACUCCACAUUUCACCACUCACGAUUACGAGAACCCUGGAUUCGUCAAUGGUCAAAGCAAAACUCUUUUCCAAGGCAAGCCAGGAUACAAACAGUGGGUAGCGCAAGCUGGCACACUCGUCGCAGAUCUUUUGACUUGCUCUGGUGCCGAUCAGGUAAUCACCAUGGAUCUCCACGACCCCCAGUACCAAGGAUUCUUUGACAUUCCAGUGGACAAUCUUUAUGGCAAGCCUCUCUUGAAGAGAUACAUCCAGCAAAAUAUCCCGAACUUUCAGGAUGCUAUCGUCGUAAGUCCUGAUGCUGGUGGAGCAAAGAGAGCAACUGCGAUUGCCGAUGGACUCAACAUGGAGUUUGCAUUGAUUCAUAAGGAACGUCGACCUACCCGAAUCACCGAUCGCCAAAAUGCUACAAUGAUGCUUGUAGGCAAUGUUCGUGAUAAAGUUGCUAUACUCAUCGACGAUUUGGCCGAUACCUCGAACACCAUUACAAGAGCUGCCAAAUUGCUCAAGAAAGAGGGCGCCACUUACGUUUACGCUUUGAUAACCCAUGGAGUUUUCAGUGGUGAUGCUAUUGAGCGUAUCAAUGCAUCUGCACUGGAUAAAAUUAUCGUGACCAAUAGUGUUCCACAAGAUGAACAUCAACGUCUCUGCCCCAAGUUAGAGGUCUUGGAAGUUGGCCCGGUCUUCGCCGAGGCAAUUCGUCGUGUUCACCAUGGAGAGAGCAUUUCUGUGUUGUUUAACUAUGAUUAG